GUCUCUAAUACCCUAACGUAGUUUUUGAAAAUGCCAUAGGAGGCCGAUAGAUACAAGAACCAAGAACACCCCCUAUUGCCCGUGAACGCUAUCAAAACCAUCCUCCUCAUCAUUUCCAUGAAACCUAGGGCACACAACUACACCUCACAUACAAAAAAGUCUCUCUCAUAUAAACGAUAAAUUAUCUGUCUUUUUCUUUAUACUGUUUUGCAUUCAAUUGCUUUACAUAUCAUAUAUAUAUAUAUAUAGGUAUUAUUGAUCAGAAACCGAUCACUACCACCUCAGAUUUGAUUUGAUGACUCCCACGUUCACAUGUCGCCGGCGUUGCUAGAGUCCCGAGCUCCGGCGCACCACCCUAAUCUGAACACCGGUCAGAUUUCUCACCCUCCUUUCUCCUUGUUCAACUUUUCUGAAUAUAAAUUUGAGAUGAACCCAUCGAAUGCUAGUGAUGUGUCCUCUGGAUUUGGGAACUCUAGUCACGAUUUUAGCUUCAAUUCGUCGUCCCCUUCGCGCCAAGGCUCGGGUCUUGCGAGGCCGAGGCUUUUGAAGGUCAGAAAAGGCCUCAUCAAUCCGCAGUUAUCGAGACCCUCAGCCGAAACCGGGGCUCCUCCUCCGGGAUUUAAUCCCUUUGGGAAUUCCGUUUCUGGGGAAUUCAGGAGUGAUUCGGAUUCGAAUUUGAAUCCGGGGAUAGGAGUGGCUGACCAAAUGAGCAAUUUGAAAAUAAUUGGGAGUGGCAGUGAGUUUGGGGAUGCCAAAGAUGCUGCUGGUUUUCAUUUUGAUACUAGGUUGAGUUCGAGUUCGACUUCAGCUGGCAGGUUGGAUGGAGGUGGUUUUGUAUUUGGAAGUGAGUUUUUCAAGAGUUCUGGUUUUGAUGACGGCAUUGCGUCCAAGCUUCCUGAGGAUAUGAGGAAGUUGAAUAUUGAGGGCCCUGGGAAUGGUGGAGCUGUUGAGAAAGGUGAGGAUCGGAGGUUUCAUGGAAGUGCAAAUACCUUAACCGGGUUCGGGCUGGGGAGUAAUGACAAUGUGGGUGGUUCAUUGGGUAGAAACGUGGGAUCGGAACUCCCCCACGAGUUGGAGAAGAAGUUGAACAUUAACGAGAAUGUGCAGAUGGGCGGCAGGACUGACACGCAUAAUGCCGAUGGUGUGAAUAAGUUUGUGUUUAAUACUAGUAAGAAGGAUGACUAUUCCUCUGCUGGAAGCUCGGUGAAUGCACUUCCAGACAAGAUGAAGAAUCUGAACAUAGGUCUUAGUUUUGAUGGAAGAAAAGAGAGUCUUCUGUUGAGAAAGAUGGAGACUUUGGAUAUAGGAACUAAGGCUGGACUCUCUACUCAAUCAGAUACAGGGACAUCUUCCCGCCAAACAUCUGUGAAGAACAUGGAAACUGAGAGGGAGGAUGAAUUUAAUUUUACAAGCAAACAAGAUCAUUUGAGCACAUCUUCCGUAGAGUUUAAAACACCAAACACUAAAGCCAACUUGUUUUCGGGCAUAAACAAGAAAUUGGAAUUCAAUGCAAAGCGGGAACCAGCAAGGGCUAGGCCCGCUAGGGAUACAAGAAUGAAAAAAGCAAGUGGAAAAUUAAGACGUCCUACUUCAUCCCAGCUGGGGCUUGGGCAUGAUGUUGUUUCAAAAGGUGGUUCUCCAGUAAACGUUGAGGCUUUUGAAUCCUAUUCGCCAAUGGACAUUUCUCCUUAUCAAGAAACAUUGGCUGAUCACCAAUAUUCGAAAGAAAAUUCUGCAUCUUCUGAGUCAUUUAGUCUCGUCAACGAUUAUCUGGAAACCGAUUCAUUUCCAAAAGUUACAAAUAAUUCUAUUGAUGAAGAUCUUGCUAUGGCAACAGAAUGUCUGGAUAUAAAUAAAGUUGAUGCAGUGAGCAGACCUCCACAAGAGGAAGCUUUUGAGUACCAUUUAGGUGGAAGUGUUAAUGCUGAUGAACCUGUUGAAGGAUCUGUUUCUGGGGCUGAAACCGAAAGCUUUAAGUCUGCAACUGACGAGGUAGACUAUAUCAGUGACACUGCUAAUUCAGCGGAGACUGAAGUUAGUUCAAGCCCAAAUAUGGAGAGACAUGAUACUGAUGGCAGGAUACACUUUGGCUUUCAUGCAAGUUCAUCGAAUAGAAGUGGAUUAAGCUUCACGUUUGCUGCCUCUACUGCUGCUCAAUGUCCAUUAUCACCAUCAAAACGCUUGCACAAAAAGAAAAAUAUUGUAAAGGCUGGUCAAGAUGCCAAUAGUUUUGUUCCAAAUGCUAAGGUUCCAUAUGGAUCAUCCUCUGCAGAGUUUUUGCCAUAUUCUGGAGCUCCAGUACGUUCGACUCCAGGACACUAUCAGGAAAUAAACCCUCCAAUUUCAGUUAUUUCACAACGCAAUGAAGAUAACUCUGGGGUGCAGAAGGAACAGGAGAUCAAACAAGAGGCUGUCUCUUUGUCUGCUGAAACAGCUGCAGCUCAGGAAGCAUGUGAGAAGUGGCGACUAAGGGGUAACCAAGCAUAUUCUAAUGGGGAUCUAUCUAAAGCCGAGGACUGCUAUACCCAAGGGGUAAAUGGUGUUUCUGAAAAUGAGACAUCUACAAGUUGUCUCAGGGCACUGAUGCUGUGCUAUAGCAACCGUGCAGCAACACGCAUGGCUCUUGGAAGAAUUCGAGAUGCACUUGGAGAUUGUAUGAUGGCUGCUGCAAUAGAUCCUAACUUCCUCAAAGUACAAGUUAGAGCUGCCAACUGUUAUCUUACCCUUGGGGAGGUUCAAGAUGCUUCACAACAUUUUAGGAGGUGCCUCCAAUUGGCAAGUGAUGUCUGUGUCGACCAAAAGAUUGUAGUAGAAGCCUCUGAUGGGUUGCAAAAGGCGCAGAAAGUUUCUGAAUGUCUGAAUCUCUGUGCUGAGCUUGUGCAAAGGAAGACAUCUACCAAUGCAGAGAGUGCUUUGGAACUUAUUGCUGAGGCUUUGGCAAUUAGCCCUAGCUCAGAAAAAUUAUUUGAAAUGAAAGCAGAGGCUCUUUUCACGAUGCGGAGGUAUGAUGAGGUGAUUGAGCUUUGUGAGAAGACCCUUGGUUAUGCUGAAAAGAACUCCCCUUUAGUAGAUACCGCCAUUUCUUUAGAUGGAUCUGAACUCUCAAAGUACUUGCACUUCAGACUUUGGCGGUGUCGUUUGACUUUUAAAUCCUAUUUCCAUCUAGGAAAACUUGAGGAGGGCCUUGCUUCACUAGAGAAACAAGAGGAAAAGGUUUCUACCACGUAUAGAACAUCCAGGAAUUGGAGAAAAACUCUGGAAUCAUCUAUUCCCCUUGUUUGCAUUGUUCGUGAGCUGUUAUCUUAUAAGGUUGCAGGGAAUGAAGCAUUUCAGGCUGGGAGGCAUACUGAAGCUGUUGAACGUUAUACUACUGCUUUGUCAUGUAAUGCGGAAUCUCGUCCUUUUGCAGCUGUUUGUUUUUGCAAUCGUGCUGCUGCAUACAAAGCGCUGGGUCAGAUUACUGAUGCUAUUGCAGAUUGCAGCCUAGCUAUAGCUCUUGAUGGAAGUUAUCUAAAGGCUAUUUCUAGGCGAGCUACAUUAUAUGAGAUGAUCAGAGAUUAUGGACAAGCAGCUAAAGAUCUUCAUAGACUUGUAUCUCUUCUCACUAAGCAGUUAGAGGAAAAUAUCAAUCAAUGUGGAACCUCUGAUAUAUCCAAUAGCUGCAAAAGUGAUUUGAAACAAGUUCGUCUUCGUCUUUCAGAAAUAGAAGAAGAAGCCAGAAAGGACAUCCCCUUGGAUAUGUACAUUAUUCUUGGAAUCAAACCAUCUAUUUCAGCAUCAGAAAUUAAGAAGGCCUAUCGGAAAGCUGCGCUCAGACAUCAUCCUGACAAGGCUGUACAAUUCUUUGCUAGGAGUGAAACUGGUGAUGAUGGACUUUGGAAGGAGAUAGCAGAAGAAGCGCACAAGGAUGCUGACAGGCUUUUCAAAAUUAUUGGGGAGGCAUAUGCAGUACUUUCAGACUCUACCAAGCGUGCGCGGUAUGAUGCUGAAGAGGAGACUAGGAAUGCGCAGAAGAAACGCACUGGAAGCAGUGCAGCUAGAAUGCCUGCAGAUGCUCAAAAUUACCCAUAUGAAAGAAGCGGAAGUAGCCGACAAUGGAGAUAGAGGGUCAGAAGCUACAUUGUGUGACAGAUUUUCACGAAAAGUUUGUUUAGAACCUGGAUGCUAUUAGGGGACCGUGGGCAGAUGAAUUUGUUUAGUUGAUGCAUUCUAUAUGCAGUUUCAAUCUACCAACCUUUGCAAUUGGUUCAGGCAGCGUCAGAAUUUCAGCAGCUUGAGUUAUAUUGCAAUUGUGCCGGCACUGAAGGCACAUCAGGAAGGAGAAAAGCAGGCUUUUGUUUCCUUGAAAUGACUGAUGAUCACAAGCUGUGACAGGAAUAUUGAAAUACCAGACGAAGGAAUGCUUACUAUGUGAUGUGUGUUUGUGUGUAGGAGAGUGAAAGAGAGAGGAUGCGUAGAUUUGAGCUGAUAUCUAAAGAGGCAAAACCAGAAAUGAAGCAACAAGGAGGAUUUCUUCUAGUAUCGGAAUUAAGAAGUGAUGAGAUGUUGUUUUGUGCUCUCCUGUUUUUGAUUUUGGUUGAGAGGUUUGAGGAAACUACUGAGUAAUGACCAAAGAAAAAAGGGAAAAAAAAAUAGAAAGAAAGGAAAGAAAGUUCGAAGAAAAACUAGUGUGAUUGUGAUACUGUGUGGGGAAGUUGAAAGCAUUUUUCUUGUUCUCAUUACACCCAUUGAUUCUUUAUACAUAAAAUGUAUAUUCCACUAUUCAUCCUGCGUCUUGUUUGAUAGCAGAAGAAUGUUCUACAAAUAAUAAAUUUCAUAGAUGUCGUUUUGUUCCAAA